UAAUUGGGCUUAGAAUUGUUUUGUUUUGUUUUGUUUUUAAUUUAUUUUUUGGACAGCUUCCUGAUAUCUAAUGUCCGAAGAAAGUGACUCUCUGAGAACAAGCCCAUCUGCGGCCUCUCUCUCUGAAAAUGAGCUACAGUUCCCCAGACAGCCUGGUUAUGUGUGCUCCCUGACUGAGGAGCUCAUCACCAAAGCCCGGGAGGAGCUGCAGGAGAAGCCAGAGUGGCGGCUCCGGGAUGUUCAGGCCCUUCGAGACAUGGUCUGUAAAGACUACCCCAGCCUAAGUACAUCACUGGACGAUGCUUUUCUCCUGCGCUUCCUGAGGGCCCGAAAGUUUGACUAUGACCGAGCCUUGCAGCUUCUGGUCAACUAUCACAGCUGUCGGAGGAGCUGGCCUGAAGUGUUUGAUAACCUGAAGCCCUCUGCCCUGAAGGAGGUCCUGGGUUCAGGCUUUCUCACUGUGCUGCCUCAUUCAGACCCUCGAGGCUGCCAGGUAGUUUGCCUUCGUCCAGAUAGAUGGAUCCCAAGUAACUACCCAAUUACUGAGAACAUUCGUGCCAUAUACUUAACGUUAGAAAAGUUGAUUCAGUCCGAGGAGACCCAAGUGAAUGGAAUUGUCAUUCUUGCAGACUACAAAGGAGUUGGCUUAGCCAAGGCUUCCCAUUUCGGUCCUUUUAUAGCCAAAAAAGUGAUUGGAAUUCUCCAGGAUGGUUUUCCCAUUAGAAUAAAAGCUGUCAAUAUUGUAAAUGAACCUCGAAUAUUCAAAGGCAUUUUUGCUAUCAUAAAACCGUUUCUGAAGGAGAAAAUAGCAAACAGAUUUUUCCUUCAUGGAUCUGACUUGAAUUCUCUACACUUGAACCUUCCAAAGAGUAUCCUUCCUAAGGAGUAUGGCGGCACUGCUGGGGAGCUGGACCCAAAUGCCUGGAACGAGGUGCUGCUGGCCUCAGAGGAGGACUUUGUGAAGGAGUUCUGUAGGCCUCUCCCUUCCAGCAGUAGCCUCCUCCAGGAGACCCUGCUGUUGGAGGGAAUAACCUCUGAGGUGCCUGGUGAUGAGUCCCUUCGGGGAGUAAAGUCGCAGCUGUACUCCUGCUAUUAA